AUGUGUAUUCGGUCGAAUUAUGGCGCUAUAACGGCCUGGUGUGCUACCUUCGAGAAAAUUGCAAAUAAGAAGACACCCACAUCCGACUCUCACCGAAAUCUCAACCAAUCUCAUCAUCCAACAAACUCUGUAUUCCCUUGCAAUUCUCGAGGAGUUUCGUCUUCUGGUUCUCCCGACAUCUACCGUUGCAUUAUAAUUUUCCUACUUGUCGUCACCCAUAGUCUAGCCCUAGUUACGGCUCUUUCCUCCACAGCAAUAGGUCAGCAAAACAUGGUGAUAAAGGCAAAUGGAUUUGAAGAUUUCCCAGUCAGUGUUUCUUCACUCUUUAAGCAUCUUCAUCGACGACGGACUAAACGAACAACUCUUCAACACCCCGAGCGACAUGCUUGGACGCCGGACCUUGUGACUUUCGUUUGUGACGAACUCACCGAUCCAUGUACACGAGCAGCCUUUCUACGGCGUCACGCUUAUCACGAAAUAUGCUCAAGCCUGCCCCCGCUUUACCUCCUGCCCCAUAUUGAUGAUGUGAUUGAAGGUAGCAAUCAGUCGUCAACGUAUGUCUGCACCUCAGAGGAUAAGGGCGUUAGAAGCACUGAUGGACUCUAUCAUAGAUACCUCCAAACACCUAGUAUUUGUAGGAAAAGUCUGGAGGCUCUGGAUACCAAGAUACGCUCUUCGCUCAAGAUGGAUUUGGACAUGUUUAUGGAUAUAUUAGAGCGGUCGUUUUGCGUUCUCGCCAACAGUACCAACAAUACCAUGUUGGACGAGUGUAUUCAGUGUCGGGUGCCGGAACACUCCACUGACUAUAUUACUCCUUACAGCGGAGUGACGGUUCUCACUGACCUUGCAUUGCCUAUCCAUGUUUCAAUCCCUAGUUUUGCUUCCUCCCGCACGGUGGACCAAUCAGAGGGCGGGAAUGCAGAGAAGGGAGUGCGAUCUGCGCAGGCUGAUUGGUUACUGCAGCGUCGUACGAAGAAGUGUGAGGCAGCAGGAGACUCGGAUCGAGGGGAGGAGAAAGCCUACUGGUCGUGGGUGUGUACAACAGCUUUCCCAAUCUUCUAUCCACUGGCAAAAUUGCCCCCUCUUGAUGGUGGCGAGGAGUCGGCUACGCCGACAACUGCCUUUGCUGCUACCGCCACGACCACGACCACCACUUCCCUCCUUUCGAGCUCGAUCAAAACCACCGAAACCGCCAAAUUACAUAAUCAACUGCGAAACGCCUCCUUUUCCCUCCACCGGACACUGCUGGCUCAACCAAAAGCAGGUGCAGCGACGGCUGCGGCAACUGGAAUCUUCGUCUUGGAGCGGGUCCCCGCCUGCAUGACCUGGUGCACCCAGGUGGAGACUCUCUGUCCCCACUUCAACCCCUCCGACUCCACCUCCAACGGUGGCGAGCCCACAUUCCUCUGUGAUGAAAGUCACUAUCAAUACGCACCACCGGACAGCCCACAUUCGGUUAGUUACUACACCGAUUGUGAGUUUGACUGCUGCUUCUCGGAGCAUGACUUCCUAAUUGACGUAAUCUUGGACGAGAUUUCCCCACCCACCGGCCCCCCUUCCCACCCGUCUUCGGCGGACCACUUGGCAGCGGACGUUCCCAUCACAGCUUCGGCAGAGACGAAGAUGUGGCAGACCGGCGGAGUGAGGGGAGAUAGGGGUGAGGGGGAGUAUUUCAGUCUGACGGAGCGCUGUCUACACCAGCAGCUCUCGGAUAGUCUAGGCGGUGAGGCCGCACCCCCAGUGGUUGAUCAGGCAUUGCUUCGACAGCCCAGUUCUCUGUCUGCUUCUACACUAUCAAAUGCCUUCCUCUCCACUGUCACCGCUACUAUUGUUGUCGUCACGGCUCACCUAGGCUGA